AUGCAGUUGGUAAAUGAUGAAGAAGGAAGACGCCCGAUGGAGAGGACUAAUCUCAUAGCAUCUCCAGACAGCAUUCAGUCGACUCCAGAUUGGUGCAAUCAGAAAAUCUUCCAACGCAAUCGCCUACCUCCUCGUUCCUACUAUAUUCCGGACACGGCCAUGUGUUUGAACGGGAAAUGGUCCUUCAAUUACUCCCCGAGCCCUCAACAGGCGCCUGACUGUAAAAUAUUCAGCACGAAUUCCCCAUACGAUCCAAAAAGGCAGGAGGUUUCCUGGGCCCCCAUCAAUGUUCCAGGCCAUUGGCAAUUGCAGGGUUAUGGCAGACCUCAUUACACAAAUGUCGUCUACCCCUUUCCCGUCUGUCCACCUGAUGCACCAACCGAGAAUCCCACUGGAACGUAUUGUCGAGAUUUCGAUCUCCCCCCCACAUUCGACGAGUCUAGUCAGCUGAGAAUGAGGUUUGACGGAGUCGACAGCGCCUUCUAUCUGUGGCUGAAUGGAGUGGAGAUUGGCUAUGCUCAAGGGAGUCGAAAUCCGGCAGAAUUCGAUGUCACGAGGCAUGUUGUGAGGGGCAAACCCAACCAUGUCCUGGUCAAAGUUCUCCAAUGGUGCUCCGGAAGCUAUAUCGAAGAUCAAGAUCAAUGGUGGCUCUCUGGCAUCUUUCGUGAUGUGCAUCUAAUAGCAUUUCCAGGUCGGACACGAAUCGAUGAUUUUUUCAUAAAGACGCAUCUUGACGGAAAGUAUGAGGACGCAAAAUUGGACGUUGACCUGGAUCUGGUGUUGGAUGACGAUUGCUUCCUAUCCUUGAUGCUUGGGGAUGCCGAAGGCAGAACCGUCAACAGGGAGGAGCACAUCCUCAUUUCAGCAAGAUCUACAAAAUACUCACAUUCGAUCAAUGUCUCGAAUCCACGCAAAUGGACUGCAGAGACACCCUAUCUCUACAGGUUAGAUAUAUGCCUUUGCUCAGUCAAAGAUGGCACUACUCCGAUUCAUUCCGUCCACCACCGUGUUGGUUUUCGCUCCGUUGAGCUCAAAAAUGGCAACAUCUGCGUCAACGGAAAGGCCAUCCUAUUCCAAGGCUCGAAUCGUCAUGACAACCACCCGCACGUAGGCCGUGCGGUAUCGCUCGACUGGGUUCGUCGCGACCUCCUGCUUAUGAAGAAGCACAAUAUCAAUGCAGUGCGAUGUUCUCAUUAUCCCUCCCAUCCUGGACUCCCUGGCCUGUGUGAUGAAUUGGGUUUGUGGGUCAUUGACGAAGCAGAUCUCGAAUGCCAUGGCUUUGCUACUGCAGCCGCUUUAGGGCUCGAUCUUGACGGCCUGAGCUACGAGGAAAAGGUGCAACGUACUUCUAAAGAUGCUGCAGAUUACACCUCUGAUAACGUCGAGUGGGAGUCUGCCUAUCUUGAUCGGAUGCACCAGUUGGUUGAACGGGACAAGAAUCAUCCAAGUGUCAUCAUCUGGUCGUUGGGCAAUGAAGCAUUCUACGGCCGCAAUCACGCUGCCAUGUCCAAGUGGGCGAAGCAGCGUGAUUCUGGCCGCUUGAUACAUUACGAACCAGACUGGCAAGCCAAGUCCACCGACAUGAUAUCUCACAUGUACACAUCUCCUGCAGACUUAAAGAGGGAGGCAGAGUCCGACGGCGAUGAUUUCGAGAAACCCAUCAUCCUUUGUGAAUAUGCCCAUGCAAUGGGUAACGGCCCAGGGCUUUUGGAUACGUACCGAUCCCUAUUCCGCUCUCACAGACGGCUUCAAGGAGGAUUCGUCUGGGAAUGGGCGAACCACGGACUCUGGAAAGAAGAUGCCAACGGCAAAAAGUACUAUGCUUAUGGUGGCGACUUUGGAGAUGUGCCAAACGAUGGCACUUUCGUCAUGGACGGCCUGUGUCACAGUGACCAUACACCCACUCGGGGCUUGGUAGAACUGAAGAAGAUAUACGAGCCGAUUGAGGUCAUGCUUGACGGGACAGAUCUCAUUGUACGAAACCAUUACAACUUCGUUGGAUUGGAACAUGUCAGAGCGGAGUACGACGUCCAAGCUUGUAUGCAAGGGUUGGUCAAUCCCGCCCCAAUUUCGAACGAUAAUAGGGCUUCAUCUGACGAACCCCCGAACAGGACCAAGCUCAUUGCGGCCGGAGUACUGGCCAUUCCCGCAGUCCCACCAGGCAAGGAAGGAAGAAUCCGUCUUCCAGAGGAUGUCUUCAAGAACAAAACUCCCCACGAAUGCUGGCUCACGGUUUCAUUCCGGCUGAAAAGGGACAAGCGAUGGGCAAAGGCCGGCCAUGUGAUAGCGUGGUAUCAGACUCAACUAAGCAAGCCCGCCACAAAUCUCAAGUCAUCCUUCACCAGCGUUCUCUCUUCCGAGCACGGAAGCAGAGCAGGGACAACUCCAUCUCCCACUGCUUCCAGCGCGCCAGUGCUCACCGUCUCCACAACCCAUCUGGUCUACAAAAUCUCCAACUCCACAACCACCAUCACCUUCGACCGCGUCCGCGGGCAGAUCUCCUCGUUCACCCACAACUCCAACCCAGUCCUGUCCGACACCCGUGUUGAGAGCGACAAUCCGGCCUCGCCCUCUCCCUUGCUCUCUCUGGAUUUUUGGCGACCACCCACCGACAAUGACGUUGCAUGGCAGACGGGCGAAUGGAAAAGAUUCGGUCUGCAUAUGAUGACAAGUCGGUUGAGGAGAUUCAAGGUGAGCAUGCAGCCGAGUUCGACGCCCUCGACAAGGAUCAACCCGGAUUCGGCGGACGAGAUCGUGGAGGUUCCGGUGGUGACAUUGAAAGCCGAGCAUUCUCUCUCUCCACCAAGUCUGGCCUGGCAUUUUGAUGCUAUUACUACCUACACUAUCAGCACCGCUUCGACCGCCAGUCCCAGCAGUAGUAGCCACAACGACUACUCCUCGACCGCAGGUACGGAACCGCGACUGACGAUGCAAAUCCACACGCGCCUUAUCCCGCAUGGCUCGCACCCACGCAACCUGCCUCGGAUCGGCCAUUCCAUCCAACUCGCACCUCAAUACAAAUACGUAAAAUGGUUCGGCCGCGGGCCGUUGGAGUCCUAUAAUGACAAAUACCUCUCUCAACAGGUGGGGAUCUGGGAACGCAAAAUCACCGACAUGGCACAACACUACGAGGUGCCUCAGGAGAACGGGAACCGAAGUGAAGUUCGGUGGUGCAUGGUAUCGACGGCCCCGUCAGAGGACGGUCCUCUCUUCGCAGAGGUUAGAGACGACAACGACGACAACGACGUCGCCGACGGGAAGGCAGGGCAAGGUCCUCCAGCAAGCGAGGUCGUCCCAGUCCCCAUCCUCCGUGCAACGUACCUCCCAGCCCCCAAUGUCGAGCAAGAUCGUCCACACAUGCAAUUCUCCACGCAGCUCUACGAUGCCGCCACCCUCGCCAACGCAAAGCACCCAUGCGAUCUGCUCGAGCAGGGCAAGAGGAGGAAAGGCGCCCUGUGGCGCCUUGACGCGGACGUCGCUGGCGUAGGCACCGCAGCGUGCGGGCCUGGAACAGAGGAGAAGGACCAGGUGCUGUGCCGUGAGAUGGAGUGGACUUUGGUUCUGCAAGUUCUGUGA